ACUCGCACUCGCUUGUUUGUAUCCCGGCCGGUUUCCUGCAUCCUGAUUCCCUGACGGCUUUUCCCCGGUCUCCAGACCUCCAUCUUCUUACUUCGGUCUUCCCCAGUCUCUUUCCCCGCCUUCAGCUUCCCCAUUGGUAGUGGCUCCGUUCCUUGUGUCUCAACCAUGUCUAAUUGACUGGCUAAGCUCCAUCCCGGUAUGGGAAUAUGUCGGGACGCCCAACGGCGGGUCGUCAUAGCUGCAUGGCUCACGGGUUUUCACUCAAAAAGGUCCCUGAUCCCGAGUCUGGAUGCAUGAUCCCGGACGGCGCUCUCUCCUCUCUCCCCCUCUCUUUUCUUCUUCCUUUUCUCUUCCCUUGUUAGACCUCUACCCCCUGUCGUCUCCGCUUCGUCCUGCUGGUCUUGUUUCUUGUUUCUUCUUUAUUUUUUCGUCUUUUUCACAUUUUAAGAUACCCAAGCAGGAUUAGAAGACGGGACGAUGUCUCGCAGAAACUCCCAGGAUGGGGACAUUGACAUUGACAAGUCCCAUGUCGACAAUGUCGAGGUUGUGUCCAGCGCCGUUGCUAAUGCCGACAAGCCCAACCCUAAGAAAGAGGCACCUGCCUAUGUGGCAAGCCUGUCGCCAGAAGAACGGGACAAGGCCGAGAAGGCCCUAGUUCGCAAAAUUGACAUUCGCCUUUUACCUAUGCUGAUCAUCAUGUACAUUCUCAAUUAUCUGGACCGAAACAACAUUGCAUCCGCUCGAUUGGCUGGUCUUCCAGAGGACUUGGGCUUGCAUGGCCAACAAUAUCCCACCUGUGUCAGUAUUCUGUUCGUGGGUUAUCUGUUGAUGCAGAUCCCCUCCAACUUGUUGCUGAACAAGAUCGGAAAGCCCGCUAUCUACCUUCCUACUUCAAUGAUGCUGUGGGGUAUCAUUUCCACGUGUACUGCUGCUGCACAGAACUAUGCCGGCCUUGUCGUCAUUCGGUUCUUCCUCGGUUUUGUUGAGGCUGCUUACUUUCCUGGAUGUCUGUACUUCCUGAGUGCAUGGUAUACCCGGAAGGAGCUUGGAUUCCGUACUGCUGCCCUUUAUGCUGGUUCCUUGCUAUCGGGUGCUUUCUCUGGCUUGAUUGCUGCAGGAAUUACUGAUAACAUGGAAGGCAAAGGAGGCCUUCGUGCGUGGCGGUGGCUUUUCAUCAUCGAAGGUGCCAUCACCAUCUUCGUUGCCUUUUGUGCCGUCUUCAUUCUGCCCAACUUCCCUCGUACAACAUCAUGGCUCUCCGAUGAGGAGAAGGAGCUGGCUGCCUGGCGUCUGGAGGAAGAUAUUGGUGAAGAUGAUUGGGUGGACAGCGACCAGCAGUCUUUCAUGUACGGCAUCAAACUCGCAUUCACCGACAUCAAGACCUAUCUUCUGAUGUUGCUCAUCCUGUGUAUUGUCUCGUCCGCUUCUGUGACCAACUUCUUCCCCACCGUCGUGGAGACCCUCAAUUACGGCAAAAUCAAAACCCUCUGCCUGACUGCUCCCCCCUACUGCCUGGCAGUUAUCUGUGCCUUCGCCAAUGCCUGGCACUCCGAUCGUACCGGCGAGCGUUACUUCCACAUCACGCUUCCCCUGUACGUGUCCGUGGCCGCCUUCAUCAUCGCCGCAGCUACCACAAGCAUCGCGCCUCGUUACCUCGCCAUGAUGUUGAUGGUCCCAUCAUUCUACUCGGGCUACGUCGUCGCUCUCGGCUGGAUCUCCGCCACUCUCCCUCGUCCUGCAUCCAAGCGUGCCGCCGCCCUGGCCGCCAUUAACUGUGUCAGUAAUGCCAGCAGCAUCUACGCCAGUUACAUGUAUCCCGAUAAGGAUGCCCCCCGCUUCAUCCCCGCUAUGGCCGUCAACUCCGUGACAGCGUUCAUCGCCAUCGUCGCCGCAACCAUCCUUAGAAUCAUCCUCGUCCGCCUGAACAAGAAGCUCGACCGCGGUGAGCCUGUCUUUGGCGCCGUCCCGGGCCAGGCCGGCUCGCGCGGCUUCCGUUUUUUGGUUUAACGAAUUUGUUGUCCAGUAUUUUUUCGGUAUUUUUUAUUUUCAAAACUUGUUUUCCUUUACUGGCGGAAACAUGUACUAUGUUUUAUGCUCUCCUAUAUGCCGAGAAUCUCGGAAAUAGUCUCUUAUGAUGAGUAUAUGAUGCGACAUGACAGGAUUUCAUGUCUGAUGAAUGAAGC